GGAGGAGGGGCAGGGUAGCUGCAGGCAUUACUGAACACCAUCCAGAGAGAAUGAGAGGAGGGGCAGCAUAAACAUCACCCAGACUGCAGCCGGAGAGACCGAAACAGAUCAAGAUCAACAGACCGAGAGACGAAGAAACGGAGCUGUUCUGAGUGCUGAGACUGGAGGAGUCGGGGAAGCACUUAAUAAAAAGGAAGGGGACUGGGAGAGAGACAGGGGGACACAGAGAGAGAGAACGAGGGAAGAAGAAGAAGAAGAGGUAGAAGAGGUAGAAGAUAAGAAGCAGAGGAGAGCGAGGACAAGAGGAGCAGAGACCCUGUAAUCAGCUUGGCAUGCGAGUGUGUCCCCAGCUGGCUGGCACUGGGAGCAGCGGCCGGUGUGUGUGUGGGUGAGUGGGUUUGCCAGUGGUGGCGGGACAUUUUGGACUGGAAUGUGUCUCAGCUAACCUGGCAGGACUUCCGGGAACAUGCUGGGGAAGGACUACAUGCUCGCCAUCAUCAUAGUCAAUUACGACGAUGAUAUCUGGAAUGAUCAAAGCUUGGCGCCAGACUCGGAUCUGCCUCCAGGAUGGCGCACCAUACGGGACAACGCUGGCACCUACUACUGGCAUGUGCCCUCGGGUACCACGCAGUGGCAGCACCCCUCCUACAGUGAAGAGGCUGGGCAGAGUGGCAGCAGCACCCUCACUACCAACCAGCACAAAAGUAUUGGAGCAGAAGGGAGGCAUGAGUCCAGAGACAGACUAACAAGAAGCCCCAUGGCCACUCUCAGUGACAGAGCAUCCUUGCAGGACGCGUACUUCUGCACCUUCAUGGACCCAGACUCCAAGUGUUUUGCCGUGCGCUCUCUGGGAUGGGUGGAGAUCCCUGAAGAGGAGCUAGCUCCAGGAAAGAGCAGUCUGGCGGUGAAUAACUGCAUCCAGCAACUCUCCCACAGCAAGGCAGAGGGCCGCGACGCCGUGGGGGCCUGGGGAGAGGGUCAGGACAUGGAUGUUCGGUCCUGAAGAAGGACCACACUCAGCCUCCUGGACCCCACCGACCGCAGUCUUAUCCACUGCCAGCCCAUCGUGAACAUCCGAGUGUGGGUGGGCUGCAACAAUGGCAGAGACAGGGACUUUGCCUUUGUGGCCAGCGAUAAGGACACCUGCCUGUUGAAAUGCCAUGUGUUCCGGUGCAGCGCACCGGCCAAGACCAUCGCUACUGCCCUGCACGAGAUGUGCUCCAAGAUCAUGGCAGAGAAGGCAGCAGUACACCCAUCUAUGGCACGUUCUGUUACAAUGGAGAGUAUCUCCCCUGAGGAUCUGCCCCACCAAGUGAACUUCUUGGAUGCAGUGAGGCAAAGGGUUCAAAAAUUCGAGGUGGAGUACGUCGGCAAUCUGCCUGUCUCAAGAGCAAUGGGGAUGGAGGUGUUGAACAGGGCCAUCGAGAGCAUCAUGCACUCCAGAGACAGGGAUGAGUGGGAACCCAUUGUUAUACACAUAUCGGACACAGUGCUGUCCCUCUGGAGGGGAGAGGAUGGUGAGGAUCCUUUCUGGGAGUGCCAGGUGCGCUACCUGACCUUCCUUGGAGUUGGUCAUGACUCGCACACCUUUGCAGUGAUAGUAGAUGCUGGUACCCAGCGUUUUGAGUGCCACGUCUUCUGGUGUGAACCAGAUGCUGGAAUUAUAUCCGAGGCAGUCCAGGCUGCUUGCAUGGUCCAAUACCAGAAGUGCUUGGUUGCACAGACCCCACCUCCAAGGUCGAAAAUGUGGCGAGCCGGCUCCAAAGUCAAGCGCGCCAACUCCAUGGACGGCGUCACCUUCCCACCCUGUCAGCAAGGACACACAUCACCCAAACUGGCCUCCUCUAGCGUAAAGAAGGGAAUGCUAGCGUUUUUUGAAACGUUCCGAAAUAAACCGUCCGUGGUACCUACGCCCUGAGCGGCAGAGCCCGGGACAGGGUGGGGAAAGGGCUCGAUGAGUUUUGACAGGGGGCGGGUAGUGUGAGGUAGAAGGAGUCAGGCGGACGGGGACAGGGGGAAGUAAAAAAAAAAGUAAAAAAAAUAAGAGGACAAAGGAAAGGAAGAAUCUAGUUACAAUUUAUGUUUAUAAAAAUCCCUGCUUACCCUCCCCAGUAUGACUUUAAUAUUACACGGGAAACCCAACCACAGUGGUAUUAUGCGAGUGCUGUGUUUGCAUGGGCUUGCACACCUGACUGCAGCAGGCUGGUGGAACUGCUCUUAAACGAAAAACACUGAGGUGCUGCGCUUACACAUUCCAUUCAUAUGCUGAGGAGCAACCAGUCCAAAUAAGAGUCGUCUUUUUACCGGUAUAGGACCAGUUUUCUCUAGGCAGGCCCUAAUCCCAACUAUUACAAGGAAAAACAAGACUUGACGUUAGGUCAGUGUAGGUCAGACGGCAGCUGGAACAACCUAUGCUAUGUUAGUAGAAAUGUGUCUCACCAUCAAACGGAUCUCCUGCUCUGGAACGCCACACCUGGGAUAGCAGGAAGUUGUGCAAUAAUGUGUUCAUCAGGACUGAAUCUAAAUAUGUGACUUUUUCUCGACAUGUAUCAGUAUAUAGGAUAGUGACCAAAUUCUGCUCUGAUGUUUAGAGGUUAUAGGUUUUCUGUUUAGCUCACUCUUGUGUUCAGUUGGAGGAGCUUUCAGUUCAGUGGGACUAUUAGCCAUCAUCUUGCUCUGACAAAGGAUGUUAUCUACUUUUCUGACACACUGCCGCCUCAAAUAGUGAAUCAGGCCAUUUACAAAGAACCAACUCAAAUUUCCCUUAGCCAAUCAGAGAUUGUUAGAUAUAGUGUGUUCUAGUGAAAAUUUCACCACAAUAAAUCAGCGGUAUGUUCUAUUUCUGGUGAGCCCUGUGUAUUGAAUACAACUGUUUUUUAGUUUGCACAUGGUCAUCGGGAUACAAGAUCUCCAUGAAUUAAAAAGAUUUAUGAAAAUGCUUUUACUCUGUGAUCCCUGAAGCUUAGUGGCACGAUCGCAUGAUUUUAAACAUUCUUGGUAAUGUGAGGCUUUGCAUUGGGCACCUUUAAAAUAUAAUUAGAGAGCUUUACCAGCUCUGGCCAAGGAAUUACUUGAAUAUGUAACAAUAAUGGACCAUAGUUGACAUGAGCUAAACACAUUAAUAGGCCAACCGCAACUUUGGUAGGACCAUGUUAAAUUAAAAAGACACAGAAUAUUCAUGUAUUGUGCUACAGUAACCUAAACAUUGACCUCACUAACCUCCACCAACCAAAUGUUGAAAAACAAAACAAAAAAAGCAUCCACGUGGAGGACACUACCUUGAUGCAUUUGAGACGUUGCUUUGCCAGUCAUACACCCACUGGAAUGGCACUACAGAGAAGUCCCGUCACAAUAGCACUAAUAUAUGCAACCGCUUUUUCCCCUCAAGACAUUGGGUUAUAUGGCAAACCAACUCAGGUCUCCUUAACGCUAUGACACCAGUGGAAGCAUGGGAGUGAAUGGAACAUGACUCCACCACGUAAGACUUUUGUUCAUUGAAGAAGCCUUGUCAGGAGAAUUUUUUAGAGAUACUGUCAUAAACUAGACAUGUAGCACCUGGUGUUUCUUAUUUUCUGCUCUUUAUACUGUAUAAAAAAAUCUCCUUAUAUAUUUGCGGUUCUUUAGCACGGAUAUAGGAUGUCAUGUAAAAUGGACUUUUUUUUAAUCGUUAUUGAUAUUGAGUUGAUAGUAUUUUUCGCACCGAUGUAUCAAUCUGGAUUCCUCUUGUAGUGGUUUGGGUGGGGACAAUAAAACUGCUUGAAUCUCUUA